UAUAAGAUUACUUCCGCCCGCCUGCCUCGUUGAACGCAGAUUGAACUACGCGUUUUGCCUGAAUAGAAAAACAGUUUGGACGCGAAGACCUACACCAAGCCUGGAAUAUUGUACUUAAAAUUAAUCAUUUUUGCCUUUUAAAAGCAAAGCGGAGGUAACUUUUUCUCAAGAGUGACUGCCCAAGAACCCCAAGGCAUCUUGACUGGACUUCCCAAACACAAUAAACUGCCCGUAUUUGCCAAUGACAUAACCAAGGAUUUGCAGACUCUUCCUGGGGUCGAGUCGGCGAGCCCCGACGCUGCUGGAUUUUUGUAGUAACGUUGUGAAGUUGAAAGGAAGCAGAUUUGCCAGUCACCAUGCCAGCCCUCUCCACCAGAACCGGCAGUGAGAUAGGUCUGUAUGAGCUGUUGUCUGUACUGCCGUCUCAGUUGCAGCCUCAUGUUGAGAGUGCAGAUGACCACUCUUUUCUACACGCUAUGUUUGGGGAGAGGAGUCUACAUUCAUUGGUCAAGAUCCAUGAGAAGUUACAGUGUUAUGAAGACCGUGCUCCGACUCCAGUACUGGACAGCGCCGGCUCAUUGGCUCAAGACUUGACGGAGGAACUUCAUGGAAGAAUUGCAAGCAAUGAGAUCAGAGAGCUUGUCAAGCUACUGUCCAAACCACAUAUAAAGAGUUUGUUGUCUGUUCAUGAUACCGUGGCCAGGAAGAGUUACGAUCCAGAACUUCCUCCUCUGCCAGACGACAUUGAUGAUGAAGAAGAUUCUGUCAAGAUCAUUCGACUGGUCAAGAAUAAAGAGCCUUUGGGUGCCACCAUAAAGAAGGAUGAACACAGUGGAGCAAUCAUAGUGGCACGCAUCAUGAGAGGCGGGGCAGCAGACAGAAGUGGGCUGAUACAUGUCGGAGAUGAGCUGAAAGAGGUCAACGGUAUCCCUGUAGAUGACAAAAAGCCUGAGGAAAUCAUUCGCAUCCUGUCCCAGUCACAAGGUGCCAUCACGUUCAAAGUGGUCCCAGGCAUCAAAGAGGAGGCACAAAGCAAAGAGCCCAAGAUGUUUGUAAAGGCGCUUUUUGACUACAAUCCAGCUGAGGAUAAAGCGAUCCCUUGCAAGGAGGCAGGCUUGGCAUUCAGGAAGGGAGAUAUCCUGCAGGUUAUGAGCCAGGACGAUGCCACCUGGUGGCAAGCCAAACUGGAGGGUGAUGGCAACCUGCGUGCAGGACUCAUCCCAUCCAAACACUUUCAGGAGAGGAGGUUGGCAACCUGGAGACCCAUGACCGUCACGACUCUUCAGAGAACCCCCAGCAAAAGAUUUUCGGGUCUACGGAGGAGUUUUCGUCUCAGCAGAAGGGAUAAGAAGACAAAUAAGUCCAUGUAUGAAUGUAAGAGAAGUGAGCAGUACGACACAGCUGAUGUGCCCACUUAUGAAGAGGUGACGGCCUACCGCAGAAAACACGGAGACAGGCACAGACUUGUCGUGUUGGUUGGUCCUACUGGUGUUGGUUUGAAUGAGCUCAAAAGGAAGUUGUUGAUAUCCGAUCCACAACAUUUUAGUGUCACAAUCCCACACACAUCUCGAUCGAAGCGACAUCAGGAAAGCGAUGGAGUGGAGUAUCAUUUUAUCUCCAAACACCUUUUUGAGGCAGACGUUCAGAACAACAAGUUCAUUGAACAUGGAGAGUAUAAGGGAAACUACUAUGGGACGAGCUUCGACUCUGUACGUUCAGUCCUGUCCAAGAACAAGGUGUGCCUUCUAGACAUACAGCCACAUACGCUAAAGCAUCUUCGCACAGCUGAGUUCAAGCCCUAUGUGGUGUUUGUGAAGCCUCCAUCCAUCGAGCGUUUGAGAGAGACCAGGAAGAGCGCAAAAGUCAUCUCAUGCAAAGAUGAUAAGAACUCGUCCAAACCCUUCUCGGAGGACGACUUCCAGGAGAUGUUCAGUACCGCUCAGAUGAUGGAAAACCAGUACGGUCACCUCUUUGAAAAGGUCAUUGUGAACGAUGACCUCACGAUUGCCUUCAACGAGCUCAAGCAGGCGCUCAGGAAAGUGGAGACAGAAGCUCACUGGGUGCCCGUCAGCUGGACUCAUUCCUGAGUGUCAGCACAAAACAGGACAAAAAGAACAAGGGAACAAGGCAUCAAAUUUGGAGGGAACUAAGGGAAGGACUUUAAGAACUGUGAAAGAUUUUUAUUUUUGGCUGUAGAUGGUGACAGGGAAAUAUUUUAGUUGUCUUAACACAUCUGAAGUGGUUUAUCUGUUUUUGGAGACUAAAGUGGAAAUCGUGGCGGAUAUAGCUGAACGGGUGUAACUGCACUCAGAAAGUCAGCAAACGCCUGAUUGUUUAGCCGCCGCUGAGAGUGUCUCAGACUGCCAAUCAAGUGGUCUGGUGGCGUUGGCCACUCCUUAGUGUAUUUUUAACAUUAGUUUAUAGAAACCAAAGGGAUGAUUAUUAUUUUUCUGUGCUCAAAGUACACAUUUUUCUAUUUCUGAACUUGUAGUCCAUUGGCCUGUUACUCAAGCAGCUAGUUUAAUCAACACAGCAUUAACAAUAUAUAUGGGGGGGGCUUUGCGAUAUAUCGCAGUUGUCAUGCGCAUCUCAUCAGUAAAGCCG